GCCCGAGCCCUCGAACUCGGUGAAGAAACCCCAGCACGCCAGAUCGAAUGAUAAGCAGGACCAGGAGGAAGUGCGGCGGAUUGUCGAUGAUGUCGAAGCCCCCCCGUUGGAACAACGUUCUGCCUGUCCGGCCACGUAGUGCUUCCUAAGGCAUUAGAUUCCAACAUGAAAUGAAUUCGGCCAACUCCGCUACAAAUAUGAACAAUAUCGACCGGUGAAAAUGCACCCACAUCUUUCGAAUCCUCGAAAUCUGGAAGCAUGUAGGGACAUUGCCGAUGAGCUUGGGAAAUGUAGAGAUAGCGGGUUUUUUGCCAAAUAUCUGGGAGGGUGCAACGAUGUGAAGCAAAAGUUGAUUAUGUGCUUGCGGAAAGAGCGCAUUGAACGAACAUCGCAACACAUUGAGGAGUCACGGCAGAAGAAGAAGACACCAGAAGAAGCGUGGAAACGGCAUGUUGCCCAGGAGAAGUAUGAGCAAAGGACGUAGGUGUGUCAACGGAGCUUUGUUUUCAACGAUAAUCUGUGCGUCACAUUUUGUUGCAUCCUGUUGGUGUCGAUAGUUUGUUACCUUCCUUCACAGUAGAUUGGCGCGCGUCCGCAAUGGAAGACCGCGCUGUGCUGUAGUUUACUGAUCGUAGCCGGAUCUUCCGUAAUGUUGAUUGUGCGGGUAAUGAUUCGUUGGCGCGUCCACGGCCUCUGGCUUUUGUAUAGUAUCCACUGCGUGGAAGCCAC